GUAAACAUAUCGUUUGAGAAUAACACCUUUGUCCGGCUUCGACUUCUGAAAAGACACGACAGCGGACAUAUUCGUUAUUUCGCUGCCUUGCCGCUCGCCGCGCACCCCUCCGCUCCGCUGCGGUGGGAGCGGCUGGAAUAACCUUGGUGUGAGCCAGUUGAGCGGCUGGAGAGAAGAGCGAGAGAGGCUGAACGGCGCGGCGGCGGAAGAUCAGCGAUCGCUGGCGUGAAUAUGGCGGAGACCGUACGCUCGCUCUUCGACUACCGGGAGACACACAGCUUGGAUAGCGACGGAGAAGGAAUGAAACCAACACCGCCACUGCGGGGGCGCGGCUGUGGAAGGAAAAGGAAAGGGACACCCGUCAAAGUCUUUGUUACACACACUGAGGAGGAGAGCGUGCCUGAACACAGCUUCAGCCCAGGUGAUCGUAAGGAAGCAGCAGAGAAUAAACGACUCACACUGGAAGGGACUUUCUAUAACACAGAGCCUGCUGCUCACAACUGUGGUCCAUCAGAGCAGGCUCAUGGCAAAGUUUCCUCUGGAUCCAAGACCAGCUCCUGCCCGGUCUCCACACCAACCCCAGCUCCUGCUGCUUCCUCGGCCCCAACCCCGACCCCUGUCCCUGCUCCUGCCCCAACCACGGCGGCUUCGGCCCAGGCCCAGUCUCUGACCCCCGCAUCCACAGCUCCAGCUGCCCCGACGGCAUCUGCUCCAGCCCCAACAGCCAGCUCCUUCCCCCCCUCCCCUAAUUGCCGCAUCCGAGAGGUCCACUGUGGCAGCCAGGUGCGACUGGUCGUUAUCGCCAUCCGAGACAUCACCAAGGGGGAGGAGAUCACUGUGGAUUACAGCCUGACAGAGUGGGGAGAGAACCUGGGUUUCCGUGGCACCGUGUCUCCAGCACAACACGAGUGUAACUCUGACACAGAGAAUAACAACAAUAUCAAAAAGGAGGAUGAGCCUCUUCCUCUGACAGCCCAGAGGCAGCAGCAGCGGCAACAACAGCAGCAACAGCAGCAGCAGCAGCAGCAGGAGUACGUCACCCCGUCUUGGUCCCUCUCCCCCUCCUCCUCCCCCAUCUCUCAUUCUGACGCCAGUGACUCAGAUGCUGGAGAUGAGGACACCAGCCCUCGAGGGCGCGCACUACGCCGUCGCAAAAAACGGCGCGGCACUCCUUCAAAGAAAAAGACCCCCCAUCGGACCCCACCGGGGCGGCCACCACCGGGCCCCCCUGUAAGCAUUCCUCCUCACAACCGUCCACUUCCUCCAUCCCACUCUCCAGCCCAGUCCUCCCCUCCCUGCUCAUCUUCCUCUUCUUCAGCUAAGCCUGUGUUUAAAGCUCCGGCUCCGCUGGGCUCCAAUACGACAAGCAACGUCAAUGUCCCCAGAGGGGGGGUGUCUAUAGACUCCAUGCGCCAAACCUGCGAGUACUGUGGACGCCACUUUCGCUCCCUGGGCCGCCACUUGGAUAAACACCAUGCACACCAACCAGAAGUGUGCUCCGCCCUGGUAGAGCGCUACACACAGAUGCCCCGCCUGCAUGCACAGAGCACAAACCCAACCACAGCUCACACACACACUCAGCAGCACUUGAAGUCGCCACAAGUCGCAGGUCAGAGCCGCAGUUCAGAUCUUCCACAGAGUGACGUCCAGGACCUUUCCAUGUCUCCACCCACUCUCACAGCAGCCAAUCAAUCCCCUGCUUCGUCUGGAAGAAACUCCACCCCUCCUGUGCUGACUCCUCCUCGAGGACAGAAUGCAGUGCCGGUAUCUGUCUUAAAGCGAAGCCCCCCACCUGUGACAGUGGCACAGUCCAGGAAGGGAGGGAUGAGGAGGCUGAAGAAGGAAAUAGAGGAGGAGGACGAGGAUGAAGAAGAUGUAGAGGUUGUGGAGGUAAAGAGGCCCAAAGAGGAGGACGAUGUUGAGGUGCUGUGCCCCCAGUCCUUCAACAGCAAGUCUGCCAAAGAGACACCAAAGGAAGAGGAAGAUGAGGAGGAGGAGGAAGAGGACGAGGAGGAGAAUGGAGUGAUGGAGGUGGAAGAUGAAAGCGGUGGAGAAGAUAAGGAAAAGGAUCUGCUGAGCGGCUCCGGGCGUCACCACCUGCUGCCCCUCCUGUCCUCCUUGUCUUCUCUGGUGCUGUACCUCCGCCGUCUGCAGCACUCGGCCUUCCUGUCCCUGUCUCGGCAGCUGCAGUCAGCUGAGGCCUGGCGCCUUCUUUGCCAUUCCAGUCUGGCUCUCCUCAUCCUGUACAACCGACGACGUGAGUGUGAGGUCUCCAAGCUAACCAUCACCGAAUAUCGCGCUCGCGUCACUCCCCAGUGCCCCGUUCCUGUCCCACCUGGAGCCCCUCCAGCUCUCACCCCAUUGGAGGCCUCUCUGUCCCCCUUCGAGCGCCUGGUUCUUCCUCACCUACCUAGAGUCGGGGUGCAGGGUAAACGUGGACGGGUCCAGCCCCUGAUCCUCCCCCCUCACUGCGAGCCCUGUCUGGAGCUUCUUCUGCAGACACGGCAAGAUGUAGGAGUCGAUCCUGCAAACCCAUACGUCUUCGCCAGGCCCUACCACUCCCCGGCCACACCCCUGCGAGGCACUGACCUCCUCCGUAGCCUGGCUCGCUCAAGCGGAACCCGCAAUCCCCGCGCCCUGACCCAGACUAGGGUUCGCCGGCAGGUAGCUAUACUAACCCAGCUGUUGCUCUUGGGAGAAGGCGAGGAGCCUGGGCAGCCUGGAGGCAGCGCUGUGGAGAGGCUGGAGCACUUCCUGGAGAGAGAAUACCAUGUGACACAGAACUGUGCUGGAAUUGGCCAAGACCCAGGCCUGAUGGGCCGAGUGGGCCGAGUCGUGCUUUGUGGAGAGAGAGACGGAGUGCUGUUCAGAGGAAUGAGCCUGAACCACAUCUGCCUGGAGCUGGAUGUUAUGUCAGGAAACUCUGCAGACUCGUACUCAGAGGGAGAGUCUGAAGGGGAGCCAGUGAAGGAGAAGCCUGAGGCGCCUGCCCCCGCCCCUGCUCCGACCCCCACACCUACCCUGCUGUAUGUCAGGAAGGGCAAGAACAACGGGCGUGUGGGACGACCCAAGAAACUCAAGAACACCCAGCCACCGCCUCCACCUCCUCCACCUCCACCGGCAAACCGCAGGAGAGGCUCAGGUCAGCCCACAUCAGGAAAGCGAGGGGUUCUGAAGCGUCCCUGGUCGGAGGCGGAGCGUGCGGCAGUCGAAGAGCACCUGACCCAAAACAUCACCGAGCUCCGAGUCCCCGCCAAGGCCGACUGUGAACGCUGCCUGCAGCAGUGCCCUCUGCUGGUCAGCAACCACCGCGACUGGCGAGCCAUCAAGUUCUACUGCCACAACCGGAUUCAGCUUCUGAAGAAAAACCAGCGGCGUGAGAGUGAGCCCCUGCCGCUCACCGUCUGCUGAGAAGGAGGGAGUAAUCGGGCGGAGGGAGAGGGGUUGUGCAGCUGAUCAGAGCAGAUUCUCAAAUGGUACCCUGCUGCCCAGGAAAUGCACUAAUUUUGAGAGGGCAGUCCUAAAAUUUCACUCAGCUCUUGUUUUUGUCAUGGCUUCUAAUUUGACACCUGAUGGCUUUUUUAUUUUGAGCCAUACAAGAAACAGGAAAUUUGAAUCUUUGCUGCUCUACUUUACGUUCUUAAAAAUUACGCGAGAGUCUUGCUGGUGCUCCUAAAGUCUUGUCAAAAGCAGUGCACGUGGACGGGUGCCGUUUGAGACGUGCCUCAGUGGGACUUUGGAGACCAUGACGCCGGCCACAGCCUGUGUCGUGUUGUAUAUGGACUUUGUUUACUCUCCUACCAAAAUGGACACACUAAACUGAAAUGUAAACAUGGGGAGGCAGUUGAGCCCUACAGUGUUGUUAUAUGAACGUCGUGAAGUAGCAUUUAGUGUUUCAUGCACUUGGAGACGUUAAUAGGACAAGUGGCCUGUGCUCGGGCCACACUUUUCUUAAUAGUGGCUAUAUACAUUAGAGUAGGCCUAACUACUGUUAACCUAGAAGAAUAGCCAGGUCUUUCCUCCAACAAGCUAGUUCUUCUUUUCAUACAGCUGACUGUGCAAUUCUGACUAUGGUUUCAUUUUAUAUGGACCUUGAUUUACAUGUAAGGUACUAGUUGACGAGUGAGUUACACUUUUGCAGUUACUAUGAUGCUUCUUUUUUUAAUCAAAAAAUGGAGCACAACAUCACAACGGAGAUUAAUUUCCCGAGUGACAGUUGUGGGUUUCAUGAGAGAGACAAUUAAAUGGCCUCAGAAUGUUGUGACGUUAUGUUCGGAUACCUAAGAUGUUUAGUUCAACCGCAUAAAAAAAAACUGUUGUCAAAAAGCUACCAUUUCAUCCCAUUUCCUGUUGUUUGUUGUUGUUGUUGUUGUUUUUUUUAAGCCUGUUGCACAUUUGUCAUUCAUAGCAGUAAAAAAGGUGCUAUAGGCCGAUAAGCUGGACAUCACUUUAUAUGUGGAGAGGAUAUUCCUCUUGGUUGUUUUAAAAUUUCUGGGCAUUUAUCAGAGAAGUGAUCUGUGUCACCACGUCUGUUGCAUUGUCUGUGUUGUUUUUUUCCCCUCCGACGGCUAGAGCUCCUCCUGUCCUUUUCCCAGCCACACUACACGGUUUCCAUCUUGACCAGAUUUUUGGUUUCUCGCCAGUGUUGCUGGAAAUCUGCGUCCAUCGGACUAAAAUCUCCAUGAAACCUCAUGACGGAUACUUGAAGUUAUUUAAAAUCUUUUGCAGAAUCUUUAUGUUCUUUCUCGCUCUAGCCUUGCCAGUUACAUUGUACAUAACAAAUAUAUUAUCAUUAUGCUAACUGGUUGUUUGUGCUAGACUAUAUGUAGCUUUUUUCCAUUUCUGAGUUAUUGCUAUCUGUACAUAAGCCUGUUUGUAAAUACUCCUCAGAGAAACAAAGAAAAAACACAAUGUAUGACAUGCCUUGGUUAUUGUGUUAUGUUUUUUCUUUUUUAUAAGUCUUAUAAAAAUUUAAAGCUCUA